GUGGUUGUUGGAGAUCAGGAUGGGGUCAUUACAUGUUUUGGCAUUAAAAAAGGGGAACCUGUGCCGGUGUUCAAGACACUGCCAGGCCAAAAAAUUACAAGACUGGAGUUGGGAGGAGCUCUUAAUACACCACAAGAGAAAAUUUUUGUGGCUACAGGAUCAGAAGUGAGAGGUUUCACAAAAAGAGGGAAGCAGUUUCUUUCGUUUGAAACUAACCUCACUGAAAGCAUCAAAGCUAUGCACAUUUCAGGAGCAGAUCUCUUCCUUUGUGCGGGCUAUGUCUAUAACCAUUACUGCGACUGCAAAGACCAGCACUAUUACCUCUCAGGAGAUAAAAUCAACGAUGUUCUCUGCCUUCCUGUCGAUAAAGUGAAUUGCAUUACGCCGGUACUUGCGUGUCAGGAUAGAGUCCUCAGAGUUUUACAGGGAUCUGAUUUACUGUAUGAAGUAGAAAUUCCUGGACCACCUACUGUUCUUGCUCUAAACAAUGGAAAUGGGGGUGAUUCUGGACAAGAAGUUGUGUACGGAACUUCUGAUGGUAAACUGGGUCUUACCCAGAUUACUGGUUCCAAGGCUAUACCUAAGUGGGAAAUUGGAAAUGAAAAAAAGAGAGGAGGUAUCCUAUGUGUUGAUAGUUUUGACAUUCUGGGAGAUGGAGUUAAGGAAUUACUUGUUGGACGAGAUGAUGGAGCAAUAGAAAUCUAUAGCUUUGAGAGUGCAGAUGAUCCCGUCCUUCGAUAUGAUCAUGCUUUAUCAGAGAGCAUUGCAUCAGUCCAGGGUGGCUGUGUAGGAAAAGAUGGAUACGAUGAAAUCGUAGCAUCCACAUAUUCAGGCUGGCUGACAGGACUGACUACAGAACCUGUCCAUAGAGAAGGUGGAUCAGGUGAAGAACUAAAAUUAAGUCAAGAAAUGCAGAGCAAGAUUUCAUCCUUAAGAAAUGAAUUGGAACACUUACAGAUCAAAGUACUUCAGGAACGUGAAAAAUGCCAGCAGUCUUCUCAGUCCAGUACUGCUGUUUCAUCGGUACCUGCCUUCAGUGUGAACGACAAGUUUACAUUAAAUAAGGAUGAUGCUAGCUACAGCCUCAUCUUGGAGGUGCAGACAGCCAUAGAUAAUGUGCUGGUACAGAGUGAUGUCCCUAUAGACUUGCUGGAUGUGGAUAAAAAUUCUGCCGUUGUUAGUUUUAGCAGCUGUGAUUCUGAGCCAAAUAGCAACUUUCUUCUUGCGACUUACCGAUGCCAAGCAAAUACUACGAGACUUGAACUUAAGGUUCGAUCGAUUGAAGGGCAGUACGGGACACUUCAGGCAUACAUAACUCCAAGAAUUCAACCAAAAACCUGCCAAGUUCAUCAAUAUCAAAUUAAACCGCUUUCACUUCAUCAAAGAACUCAUUCUAUUGACCAGGACAGACCCAUGAACACAUUGAUGCUCAAAGGCCAGUUCAGUUUUGCUGAAAUUCACUCCUGGGUGGCGUUUUGCUUGCCUGAAGUGCCUGAAAAGACUCCUGCUGGAGAGAGUAUCACCUUUUAUUUUCAGAACACCUUCCUGGGUACACAGCUUGAAAGUACUUACAGAAAAGGCGAGGGAUGCUUCAAGUCUGACAACAUUUCUACAAUAUCCAUCCUAAAAGAUGUGCUUUCCAAAGAGGCUACAAAAAGGAAGAUUAAUCUCAACAUAUCAUAUGAUAUAAAUGAAGAAUCUGUGAGGCACACAUUAAAGCUUAUCCACCCUAAAUUAGAGUAUCAGCAGCUGUUGGCCAAGAAGGUUCACUUAAUAGAUGCUUUGAGAGAAUUACAAGUUCACGAAGGAAAUGUGGACUUCCUGCUACCAAAAUACCGCAGCAUUUUGGAAGAGGCAGAUCAGCUUCUUGAGGAAUACAAGAGACAACCUGCCCAUCUCGAAAGACUUUAUGGUAUGAUCACAGAUCUCUUCAUAGAUAAAUUUAAAUUUAAAGGCACCAAUGUGAAAACUAAAGUUCCUCUUCUUCUGGAAAUUCUGGAUGGCUGUGAUCAAGAUGGAUUAAUUGCUUUUUUUGAAGCUGCAGCUUGA